ACUGUUCGUUUUUGUCUUUUUCAGCUGAAACACAACGAUGGCAGGUUUAACAACAUUCCAGAAAAAGAAAUUUGAAAAAGUUUUCAGUAUGUUAUAUGAUAGCAAUGGCGAUGGAGUUAUUGAGAAAGAAGAUUUUGACAUUUUAUUGGGUAAAAUACAAAGCAUAUUAGGCUGGGAAAAGAAUAGUCCUAAAUAUAAAAACGCCGAGAGCACGCUACAACUUGUCUGGGACGGACUCGUAAAAGUAGCUGAUUUUGACAGUGAUGCAAAAAUAACCAUAGUUGAAUGGGAGACGAUGUGGGGAGGCUGCAUAGAAGAGGUAAAGAAAGGGCAAUUCCCGGACUGGCAGAAAAAAUACAUGGAUUUUAUGUUUGAUGUCAAUGACAAGUCAGGAGACGAUUGCAUAGACCAAUCCGAAUACACAACAUUCAUGAAGCACUUUAUAAAGGAAAGUGAAUGCAAAGCUGCAUUUGAUAAAAUUUCUGCUGGGGGACAGGGACAGAGUAACGGUAUAACACGUGACGACUUUGCUAAACUUUGGAAAGAAUACCUUACUUCGGAUGAUCAGUCCUUGCCCGGAAACUCUCUCUUUGGACCAAUAUAAGAUUAUCAAUAAACUAGAAUCCGGCCAUACAGCGUUCAUACUGUUGUUUCUUGUUUGCAAAGAUUUGAUAUUUUAUCUUAUGAAUUUUCAACUUUUCUUUCAAAUUGUUUGUAAGUUUUAUAUUAAUUAUUUUGUAUUUGUUAAUGUUGUGACACUUUAUAGUGCAAUGAUAGUCUACGUUGUAACAGCUUUAUUUUUUAUCUGGAUUUUACAUCAUGUUUUUAAAACAUUUUGACAAAACAAAAAAUGAAUCGAGCCUUUAACUUACGCCUGCUUUUCAGUAAGCAUACAUUUUCUGACUUAAACCCAUUUUAAGAGUUUGGUAUUUGUUUUGGCUUUUUCACACCACAGAAACGGAAUCUUAUGUUCACAACGUUGUGAAAAGUGUAAAAGGAAAAACAUGAGGUCAUGUCUUAGUCCAUUGUUGGGUAUAUCUAGGCACAUUGGGGCAUUAUUUGGGCUGAUAUUCUUAAAACAUUUUCAUCGAAAUUCGUACAUUUUCUAUUGUUUAAAUACAUUUUCUAUCGAACUACUAUUGAUUUGAUAUAGAUUCAAGUUUACUGCAGAAUAACAAACCGAAUAAAUAAUCUAUAGGAACGGUUUCCAAAACGAAAUUUAACAUUAUACCAAUGUCUACUAAGAUGCUUUAUAAAUGCGGGUAGAGGAGUACUUGUAUUAUGUUUUUGCUAAAAUCUUUGAUUAACGAGGGAAUAAUAUCUCGAGCAUUACCAAACACAAAGUUCUCUUUACCGAAGUAUGUUUACAGUGGACGAAGAAUACAAAUACUGAUUAUUCUAAGCAAAUAUUAAAUUAAAGAAAAAGUCUUUGUAGUACAGAAAAGAAGCAUUUGUAACAGAAAGCUGUCUGGCAUUUCGUUAAAGUAAACUUCAGGCUGAGCUUUUAGCCACAAGGUUUUUUUUUCAAGGAUUUAAAUAAAAUAUACUAAUUGACCACCUUCCAUGCCAACAUACCGCAAGCUUUUAAAUGUAUUUUUUAAUGAGAACUGGGGCUAAAAAUUAAGAUCACUAAGAGCAUGCAUUUAAGCAACAUUUUAUCAUUGGUAAGCUGUUCGCUGACCUUUAAAAUCGUUUUAUUUCCACGAUUUGAAAUUCGAAAUCGAACCACCUGUAAAUUAUAUAUUUAGCAACAUUUUCACAAACAGUGUCAAAACAUGAAAUAAAAAUCACGUGAAAAUGUUUAAUUCUAUAAUAUUUUUGCUAUCAGCUACCAAAAUGUGGUGAAUAUACAACUUUAGAUUGAUGGUAUAAAAUUAGUUAAUCGUUGUAAAACACUUUCUUAACGACCCAUGAUUGUGAGAGUUAUGUUUUAGUUAUUUUACAUAUUUUACAUAUUGUGUGUGAAUACAUGUGUGUGUAUUUUGUCUUUAUAUAAUUCACAUUUCUAUAAUUGCAAAACACGCUAUCGAGUCCAAGUUAAGGUAUAUAUGUGUCAUAUUCCUAAAGACACUCGGCAAUUUACGUAAAAUUACGUAUUCUGGCUGUGCAAUUCGGCAUGCUUCGGAUGUAAAACAGCUUAACGCGCACAAACCGGUAAAAUGCCGAAUAAUAGUUGAUUUGCCGGCAACUACAUUAAGCCAUGUUAUAUAACUGUUUUACCUAAGAAAGUUUGCUUUCUACUGCUUAGUUAUCUCCAUUUUUGAAGUGUAUUCAAAGUGCAAUAUUAUGUCGAGGUCUAUUUUUACUUUCUUUUCAGAAGAAUUGUUGGUCAAUUAAGAUCAGUAGAUAUAAUCGGGAUCAUCAGAACGAUGAAUUUAUAGAUAAAUGUGAGUUCACAAUCAUUCACCAUUGAAUGAAUCAGACUUCACAAAUAUAUGAUUGUUCUGUGAUUUACUUUUGAUAAGAUUUCUAAGAUAUGAAUGUCUUAGUUUUGACAGGAUUUCUCACAUAUGAAUAUUUUAGUUGUGAACAAGAUUUCUCCCAUUUGAAUAUGCCAGACGUGAACAAGAUUUCUCACAUAUGAAUAUUUUUGUUGUGAAUAAAAUUUCUCAGAUAUGAAUAUGUUAGUUGUGGACACGAUUUCACACAAAUUUAGUUGUGAAUAGGAUAUACAGAUAUGAAUUUGUUAGUUGUGAAAAAAAUUCUCACUUUGGAAAUUUUAGAUGAGAACUGUCUCUCAUGUAUGAAUAUUUCAAAUUUGACAAGAUUUCUCAAAAAUGAACAAGUUGUGAACAAAAUUUCUCAUAUAUGAAUAUAAUAGUUGUGACAAAAGUUCACAUAUAUAAAUAUUUUAAUUGUGACAAGAUACAUAUGAAAAAGACUGAAUGCUGAACAAUGACGAAUAACACAGAUUUACGUUUUGAUUCGAAAUAAAAUAUUUAAAGCAUGUGGAAUUUUAUUUCACCAUUUUUACACUUCAACAGAUGUGAAAAAAUGUACCUAUCGCAUAUGCAAUCUAUUCCAUCCUCAACUGAUGUGCAAUAAAAUACUUACAACAUAUGCAAAUUUAUUUACAGCUUUUUUUACAAUAUAUAGGUCAACAUUCCAUGGACUGAACCAGCUAUGCAGUACUGCAUUAAAGACAUUUCAAAGUUUUAGAAACAUUCGAUUGGCAUAUACUUCAGCUUAGGUUUUAUCAGGGGAGGGCACUUCAUUAAUUUUGAAAAUAAUAUUAUUCGAAUUUGAUGUGAAUCAUUAAAAAAUUGUAGUUUAAAAGGAUUUAAUUAUGUAUUCUGAUAUAAAUGUAAAACGUGAAUUCGGCAUGUCUCGGUUAGACACAGACUGGAAUGUAUCAUUUCAUUUUAUGAGACAAUUGAGAGUCCUACCCAUUCGUAAGCCAACGUUACAUCAAUGACUAUCUAGAUAUAUAAUAACUGGCGAUUAUGUUGUUUUUACACCUCCACUUAUUAUUAUUUACCCGUUUACAUUUUUAUAUCUUUACAUGGUUGUAUAUGUGUUUUUCCUUUUUUUAAUUUCGCUAGAUGUUUGAUAUUGAAAUGUAAUCAAUGUAAAUAAAAUAACAAGAAAAGUGUUCGA